AUGCAGCAAGCCCGAUUGUUAUCUGGUAUUUGUAUUUAUCGGGGUGCUUCGUCUAUUUCUCAUCUUUUUUUUGCUGAUGAUUCUAUUGUGUCUUGUGUUACAGUUCAAGAGGAAGUUUAUAUUUUGAAACGCAUUUUGGCAGAUUAUGAACGGGCUUCUAGACAGCAAGUGAAUUUUAGUAAAUCAUCUAUUUUCUUUUCAAAGAAUGCCCCCGGAUCAGUGCGUCGAUUUCUUAAUCGAUAUUUGGGAUUGCAAAUGCAAAGUUUGCAUAGUCGGUAUCUUGGUGUGCCGGCAAUUUUGGGACGAUCCAAGCAAAAUGUGUUUCAGUUUUUGCUGACAAAAAUCCAGGACAGAUUAUCUUUUUGGAAGGCGAAGUCUUUGUCCUCGGGUGGGAAAGAGAAACUUUCACCACCCACGGUUCAUAUUCCUUUCUCUUCUGUCGCAGAUUUGAUUAAUCUUGCUACGUCUUCGUGGAAAGUGGAUGUUUUGGAUCAGUUUUUCCAUCCUCUUACGGUGCAAGAAAUUCUCAAAAUUCACGUCAGCCGGUGGAAUAAAUCGGAUGUUGUCAUUUGGGCUCCAGAGAGGUCGGGAUACGGAAAGGAAGUGGUGGAUGACGCUCUUCCACAGGCCAAGUAUUUUCCUUCUUCGUCGUUUUUGGAUGCUUCAUUGGGGUCUAAUCCUUCCUGGGGUUGGCGUAGUAUUUGGUCUUCUCAGGCUUUGUUGUGUCAGGGCUUACGCUCAUUGAUUGGGAAUGGUAUCUCUACGCAUGUUUGGAAUGAUCAUUGGGUUCUUAUACUGCCGCAGCGACUUUCACCACCCACGGUUCAUGUUCCUUUCUCUUCUGUCACAAAUUUGAUUAAUCCUGUUACGUCUUCGUGGAAAGUGAAUGUUUUGGAUCAGUUUUUCCAUCCUCUUACGGUGCAUGAAAUUCUCAAAAUUCACAUCAGCUGGUGGAAUAAAUCGGAUGUUGUCAUUUGGGCUCCAGAGAGGUCGGUCCUCUAUUUGGCGGUGUCGUACUCUGUCAAGGUGCAACACUUUCUUUGGCGCUGUUGUCUUAAUGCGUUGCUGGUUCAGGCCAAGUAUUUUCCUUCUUCGUCGUUUUUGGAUGCUUCAUUGGGGUCUAAUCCUUCCUGGGGUUGGCGUAGUAUUUGGUCUUCUCGGGCUUUGUUGCGUCAGGGCUUACGCUCAUUGAUUGGGAAUGGUAUCUCUACGCAUGAUAACAAUUUGGUGGAUUCUUGGAGUCCUCCUCCUUUUGGAAUUGUUAAGUGUAAUUUUGGUACUCCGUUUAAUCAGCAGUCUUUGAUGGAGGGAGGUGGAGCUGUUUUCCGAAAUUCUUGUGGUGUAGUGGUUAUGGCGAAAUUUAUGGUGUGUCAAUGUGCUAUUCUCUGUACUUUUGAAUUGGGUUUUUCUUAUUUAUGGUUUGAAUCCGAUGCCAAAGUUGACUUGGAUGGGGUGUUGGGUGGGGCGACUUGUCCGGCGAAAAUUGCUCCUAUUUGUUUUGAUAUUAAUUUAGAUCUUCGACAAUUCUCAUAUGUCACUUUAACUUGUGUGCGUCGUUAA